AUGAAGAUCUAUAAUGAAACUGUUUAUGACUCUGAUGCACCACCAAAGCCCAAGAGAGCAAAGAAAAAGAAAAGCACUACCACAACAACUGUCUCUACCCAGCAAUCACAGAUUGAAGGUGCUCAAGAAACAACUGUCUGUCCUGCUUUGACAAACAGCCCACCAAACAUUGCACCACCAGCUCUAACAAACAGCCCCGUAGCAAACACUAGGAGCCGCAAGAGGGCAUUGGAGCUAGGUGGUGAAACUUCCUCCCCAAUAGUAGAAGUGCAGCAUCAAAAGAAGAAGAAGAAAAAGGUGGUGACCACCAAGGCUACUGGAGAAGAAAUGCAGGCUAGGGAAAAGGAGGCAAGCAAGGCCGGCAAGAGGAUCAUCAAGAAGAAGCUCAUCCUGGACCUAUGA